GUCUCUGACAAAUGUCUGGGACAUUGUUGAAAAUGACCAGUUUCACUCAAUUUGGUGGGAUAAGCAUGGAAAGUGUGUAGUGAUUUAUGAAGAACUGUUCAAGAAGGAAGUGCUCGAAAGGAGAGAACGUCUGAGAAUUUCUGAAAUUGAGUUCAUGAAAAGUUUCACUUGUUACUUUCAUCUCCAUGGAUUCACCAGAAAGCAAUGGGAUUUUCCAAGAUCUGGCUUGCUCAAUGACUCGCAAGAAUAA